AUGGAGAACCACGAUGGUCCAUUUAAAGCUGUUUUCAUUGCCUAUUGUCGGCUACCCCACGACGAGCUCGUACUUUUCCUCAAAGUUCGCAAUCUCCCAACAUCGGGUACGGAUAAAGAGCUCGCAUCGAGAUUAGCCCAGCAUGAUUUCCAUACCUAUCAUUUUCCUACAAUCUCUAGUGAUGCGCCAAUGUCUUCCAUGGGCAAAGGGAAGGAACAGACGACCACCGAACGUCCUGUAGAUCUCCCCGUCGAAGUUCUGGCUGAUAUCUUUGAUCAUCUUGGUGACUGGGAGCUCUCUCGUGCCUUGAGCGUCCCUACUUCGCUGCCUCCCCCUAGCGAAUGGAACGAUGCUUCACCCAUCGACCUCUCCAUUCUCACAGGUUCUAUCCCCCUCAUCCGUGCAGCAGAUCCCGCAGCCAAUCCGCCUUCAAUUCACAGUGCCAUCGCCUCUGUGCGAUUUGGUUACGUCAAUGUGCUGGAAUUUUUCGUUACGCAAUACCACCCCGUAUUUUUAUCUACCUUCAAAGACGAUCUGAUCCCUUUCCAUGCAUCGCAGCACGGUCGCACAUCAGUACUCUCGUGGUGGAAACAUGGGUUUGAGCAACACCCAGAUCUAGUGCAUCCUCCAAAACCUGGGUCUAUUGCUCGUGCUAUCGAUAGAGCCUCUCGUAGCGGUCAAGUGCAGUCUCUGGACUGGUGGGUGUCGUCUGGGCUUCCGCUGGACUACACAGAAGCUGCUCUUGAAGGUGCUAGCGCAAAAAAUCGUAUUAAUGUCCUGGAAUGGUGGAAGUACCAGAAUCUUACCAAUAACCUGCCCCUGAAGGUCGGGCGCGUUAUGGAAUUGGCGAGUCAGGCAGGGCAUGUGGACGUACUCAAGUGGUGGGCGACGUCGCAGCUGGAGUAUACGUAUGACCGUCAUGUCAUGCACCAUGCUAGCUGCGUGGGGAAGGUGGAAGUUUUGCAGUGGUGGCUUGGAAGCGGGCUACAGAUCAUAUUCGACCAGGAUGUGCUGACCGGCGCGACACGGCAUAAUCGAAGCGAAGUGUUGGAAUGGUGGGAUAAAAGUAGGUUACCGAUUCAAUAUCGUAUGUGUGACAUCGAAGAAGCACUGGAGGACGCGAUUGGCGGUGGGGACAAAGCAAGGAAGUGGUGGAAGAAUAAAGGUGUGGAUUUCAAUGCAGACGAUAAGGAGUGGAUGAAGCUGCAAAAUUUGAACUAG